AUGGCUAAAGAACUGAGCAAUGGAUACUAUGAGAUACGUAAAGCAUGUUUGGAACACACAUGCCCAGUUGAAGCAAGGUGCAAUUACAUUAAGAAGGCGACGUCUCGAGUUAUUGCUGCUGUCUUCAAUGCACAAUUUAGCGAUCCAUCUAAAUCACCAGUACCAAAGGACCUGCAGCAAUUGGUCCUUGAGGACCUUAAGGUUUCAGCAUCAUACAGUAAGUGUCGUAGGGCUAUGGCAAAAGCUACAGACGAUUUGUUUGGCUCUAAUGAAGAUUUGUAUGAUCAACUGGCUGAAUAUUUGCAUCUUUUGAAGCUCGCAAAUCCCGAUACUGUAACAGAUAUCAAAACAGAAAUCGAGGAAGAUGGUACUGAAAGGUUCUUAUACACGUUUUUGGCGUUUGGUGCAUCCAUUCAAGGCUUCAGUAAGCUGAGACGUGUUCUUGUUGUGGACGGGACGCAUCUAACUGAUAGCGAGAAUGAUGAUUCGUGGACUUGGUUCUUUGAGAAACUUGAACGCAUAAUCGCAGAUAGCAAUACCCUCACCAUCAUUUCUGACAGAUGUCAGUCCAUUUACGUUGCUAAGAAUAGGGUUUUUCCACGUGCUCAUCAUGGCGCUUGUAUUGUCCACUUGGCAAGGAAUGUGAAUGCCAAAUUCCACAACAAAGGUCUUGCCAAACUAGUCACUAAUGCUGCAUAUGCCUACACAGUUGGCUCUUUCCGGACGAUUUAUGGACAAAUUAGAGGAAAAAACAUCGAAUGGGACCGUUACAAUCUGAUGACUAGCAAUAUAGCUGAAUCGUUGAACAAAGCAUUAUGGAAGGGUAGGGCGUCACCAAUAGUGGAGUUGCUUAAGUUUAUUAGGGCUAUGUUAACACGCUGGUUCAGUGCAAGGAGGAAAAAGUCUGCUACACACAACGGGGUGGUAACUCCGGAGGUUGAUAAACAAUUGACAAAAAAUAUGUCAAUCGUAAACGGAAACAAGGUUGCAACUGUGACAAGUUGGAGUUAUGAAAUUGUGGGGUUGUUCAACGGGAAGCACCAUGUCCUUCUGGAUUUGAAAAAAUGCACUUGCAAACAUUACGACCGAGUUAAGAUCCCAUGUGAACACGCGAUGCUGGCUGCCAACCACCAAGGUAUUCCUCCAACAACACUUGUAGACAAGUACUAUAAGACUUCUACAUGGGCAGCUACUUACGCUGGAGAAAUCAACCCUGAAGUUCAUACCAAUGAUAUUGGUAUGGCCGAUGAAGUUGUUAGGAGGGACCUAAUCCCACCAAAGUCCCGCCGGCCAUCUGGUAGGCCUACCAAGUCUAGAAUUCCAUCUGUUGGUGAAUAUCCGGUAAGCUUAAUCUAUAUAUUCGACAAUAGAAUAUCCGUCUCUCAUUCGAGUGAUCAUGUAUUAACUUGUAGUCUGAUUGAUUUCAGAAACCUACAACGGGCACUGUCAAAGUUAAUAGGUGUUCAAGAUGCAAGCAGAUAG